ACUGGAGCUCAAAACAUGAGCCAGCUGCGAGCCACAAAGCCAGGUCUUCUCGUGUGCGUAGCCAUUUGCGUCUUCAUUUUUCUUUAUUUAAGGAAUCCAACUCCUGAGGAACCAGAGGAGGAACCCACCUACCCAGCAGUAGUGGACUGUGGCUUUUAUCCAGAUGAACUGUGUUCAGCUUUGUUUGAAGGGAAAGAGGUGGCUCCCCAAAUUGCAAAAUUCUGUAAAAACCCUCACGGAUCUGAAAUACUUGCUCAUUUACACAGGCCAGGAAAUUGUUCCAGGAUAUCCCAGGAGUUGCAUUUCAUAACCAGACCACUGUCUGCAGAAGAGGGCACCUUCCCUUUGGCAUAUAUUAUAACUAUUCAUAAGGAGCUGGCUAUGUUUGUGCAGCUUCUCAGAGCCAUUUAUGUGCCUCAAAAUGUUUACUGUAUUCAUGUUGAUGAAAAGGCCCCCAAGAAGUAUAAGACUGCUGUGCAAUCCCUGGUUAAUUGUUUUGAAAAUAUUUUUAUUUCAUCAACGAGAGAGAAAAUGGCUUACACUGGCUUUAGGAGACUACAGGCAGAUAUUAAUUGUAUGAAAGAUCUAGUCCAUUCCAAAUUUCAAUGGAACUAUGUCAUUAAUCUUUGUGGACAGGAUUUUCCAAUCAAAACUAACAGAGAAAUCAUACACUACAUCAGAAGCAAAUGGAAUGAUAAAAAUAUAACUCCUGGAGUAAUCCAGCCACCAAACAUUAAAUCCAAGACGAGUCAAAGCCAUCCCGAAUUCACCCCUGAAGAAGAUAUCUAUGUACCUCCAAAUGAAAGAUUCAAAGAUGAACCACCCCAUAACUUAACAAUUUAUUUUGGAAGUGCUUACUAUGUACUAACAAGGAAGUUUGUGGAGUUUGUACUAACAGACACCCGCGCAAAAGACAUGCUUCGGUGGUCUAAAGACAUCCACGGCCCAGAGCGACAUUACUGGGUAACUCUGAACCGACUGAAAGAUGCUCCAGGUUCCACCCCAAACACUGGAUGGGAAGGAAAUGUUCGAGCCAUUAAAUGGAAAAACAAGGAGGGAACUGUUCAUGAUGGCUGCAAAGGCCACUAUGUCCAGGACACCUGUGUGUAUGGACCAGGAGACUUGCCCUGGAUCAUUCAAUCACCUUCUUUGUUUGCCAACCAGUUUGACUCGACCGAGCCUCUUGUGGUCUCAUGCUUGGAGCGGUGGCACAGACUUAAAGUUCUAGGGCAGGCGGAGGUCCCUGUGGAACCACACUGGCAUUUCAAACGGGAGAGUCAUUUUAAUAUGAAAUUGAACCGCUGA